AGUUUAGAGAUCGUUCGAAAGCCAGUUUUUAUCAUUCAUAAUAUCGUUUUUACCCUAUUUUAUCUUAUCAAUUUAACAAGAUUCUGUCAUUAUUAAAGUCUUCAUGGAUUUUGAAUGGAUUGGCGAUCCCAUUUCCGUCAAUGAGGCCGUCAGACAAUUAACUCCUAAGCCAAAAACUUUUUAUAAGACAUGCAAAUAUUUAGGAACAGAAUAUAAUAUUGGUGACCAUGUUCUAAUUGCAAAUUCAGAGGCUGACGACCCAGAAUCAUUCUGUUAUUGCUAUGUGGCAUCACUAGUCUACAUGUAUGAAAUGAAAUCUAACAAAAAAGACCCUUUCAGAGCCCAAGUUCAAUGGUAUUCAAGAGUAGAACAGCUUUCAAAGAACUUCAGAAAAGAUAGUGUUCAUCCACCACUUGAUGAUGCAUGGGAGUUAGUUCAUGAAGGGCAACGAUACAAAGGGGAUAUCAGCAUUGAAACCAUUUUUGACAAAUGUAGUGUUUUGAUCUGCGAAGAAAAUGAAGUUCCUAGAGGUGUUGGAAAACAAAAAAAGUUGUGCACCUUCUUCUGUCGCUUUGCGCUUGGUCCGAAGAACUCGCGCGAUCUUAUUUCGGUUAAAGAAUCUUUAGCGAAACAGGUGGCAGACAUCACUGCCAAGACAUUAGUAGAUUCGUCUUCUGCAAUCAACCAAAGUGAUAAAGAGCCAAUGACGCCGCGAAGAGUAUCAACAAGAUGUCGGAAGAUGUCAGAGAACGAAAAUAAUUAUUCUGGCUUAUAUCCAGAGCUGCUUAAUACCCCGCGAUCAAGCACAAGAAAUAGACAAGCUCCACGUCAAUUGGAUAAUGACAAAAAUGAAUCUUGCGUUCCCUCGGCAUCCAUUAAUACGCCUCGAUCAAGCAGGAGAAAUAGAGAGCCGUCAUUGUCAGUGGAUAACGAAGACAAUGAAUCUAAUGUACCUACUGGGCCUGUUAAUACUCCUCGAUCAAGCAAGCGGAUUAAACCCCGUUGCCUAGACGAAACUCUCCCAAGUCCACUAAAAAAUUCCACAUUUAGCAUUAGCAGCAACAAAACUAAAGAGCUCUGCAUUGUGAUUCAAAGGUGCAAAGUCACUCCAAAUAAAGAAAUAUCUGCUAAAGAGCAGGAUCAAACUAGCAAGGUCAAAGCAAGGAAAAAACUGGAUUUAGAAACACCUGGGACGCCGGCAAAGGCAGUAGAAGAGAAAACUCCGAAAAAACCAAAGAGGGCUGGAUCAGCAACGCCUUGUUCAACGCAGAAGAAGCGAUUGAGGUUAACACCUGCGAUUUCUUCGCGUUCCGGUAACGUAACCGAGCCUACUUCGCCCCUUGGCGAAAUUCGGCGUCGUCUUCAUGUUGCUGCUGUGCCUCAGACCUUACCAUGCCGAGAAGACGAAUUCGAUCACAUCUACAAUUAUGUAGAAGGAAAAUUGGCUGAUGGAAUCGGCGGAUGUAUGUACAUCAGUGGCGUGCCAGGUACUGGAAAAACAGCCACCGUCAAUGAGGUGAUACGGGUGUUAAAAGAGAGCCAAACUGAAGGAGAUCUUCCUGAUUUCAAGCUUAUUGAAGUCAACGGCAUGAAAUUGACGGCACCCCAACAGAUCUAUGUCCAGAUUUGGAACCAGCUAACAGGGAGUAAAGUAACGGCUGAUAAAGCCGCAAAAUUGCUCCACGCUAAGUUUUCGACUAACGGACCACGUCAUCGGCCAACUGUCCUGAUUGUUGACGAGCUCGAUCUGCUGUGGACUAGACAGCAGGAUGUUCUAUACAAUAUUUUUGAAUGGCCUAACCGACCCAAAGCUCAGCUUACCGUGCUAGCUAUCGCAAAUACGAUGGAUUUGCCGGAAAGAUUGUUGAUGAACAGAGUCUCGUCACGAAUGGGAUUGACUCGAUUAACGUUUCAGCCUUACAAAGUGAAACAGCUUCAAACGAUUAUCUCGUCAAGACUGGAAAAUGUGGUAUCCUUUGAACCAGAGGCAGUAGAGUUUAUUGCUAGAAAGGUGUCUGCUGCUUCAGGGGAUGCUCGACGCGCGCUUGAUAUUUCUCGAAGAGCUGCAGAAUUGGCUGAGAAGGGAAACCACAAUAUUAGCAGUCCAACCAAAUCACCAUCAAAGAGAGGGGCGCAUUUCAGCAAAUCAACGGUCACGAUGCAACAUGUCCAAGCCGCAAUUGAGGAAAUGUUUUCGUCGCCGAAAUUAUUGGCCAUUCAGGCAUGCAGUUUGCACGAGCAAUUAUUCCUCAACGCCCUUGUGCAAGAGUUCAAUCGGACAGGUGUGGAGGAAUCGGUUUUCGACCAAGUAAUUCGACAGCAUUAUACGCUGUGUGAUUUAGAAGGAAUGUCAAGACCAAAUGUGUCAGAGUUGCUGUCAGUCUGCGCUUCGUUAUGUAGCAGUCGAUUAAUACUAUCUGAGCAUGGCCGGAACGAUAUCCGCCAAAAGGUACGACUGAAUAUCGGAAUUGACGACGUUACCUAUGCUCUGAAGUGUCUUUGAAUCCAACCUUGCCAUUUUAAUUUAUCAAUUUUUUUUCGUCGGCUUGCGUUUUUUAAUAAAUUAUUUU